AUGGUAAUCUGUAUGAUAGACAAGAUCAGGAGUACUGUAACUGUUGCUGUUACCAAGAUUCUCAAGAGUGGGGAUGUGACUGAUUUCUGGCAUGACGACUGGUUAGGGACCGGAUGCUUACGUGGUGCUUUCUAUCGCCUGUAUAACCUCUCCAGACAAAAGUGGAAUUGUGUCAAUACUCUUGGUAGUUGGGAGCAUGGGAGGUGGCACUGGAAAUUCUUGUGGAGGCGACCACUAGUUGGGAGGGAGUUGGAAUGGGAAAAAGGAUUGCUUGAUGCGCUUGGAACCGUGCAGUUGACUAAAGGUGUCCCGGAUGCUUGGGUGUGGAUGCCAAGUAAUGUUGGCAUAUACUCUGUUAAUUCUGCCUACCAUUUCCUGCAGGAACCUACUUUGCCCGACACUGAUGAAGCUCUUGUGAGUAUUUGGCACUCUUUUGCUCCCUCUAAUGUGAAGGGUUUUGCAUGGCGAGUACUGUUGGAUCGCUUUGCGAGCAGAGAAAACUUGUUGAAGCGACAGGUAAUUACAUCUCUAGCGGAUGCACAGUGCGCUUUGUGUAAUGACUAUGUCGAAACGGGUUUUCAUCUCUUAUUCUCAUGCACCUUUUCUUUGAGUGUUUGGCAAGGCUGUUUGCAUUGGCUGGGUUGCUCCUUCAUUCAACCGUCCUCUGCCCGUGAUCAUCUUUCUCACUUCAGGUUCGGUAUCAAUAAAUUACAGCAGCGCUUGGCUCUCUCAAUUUGGCUCGCGGUCAUUUGGUCGGUGUGGUUGGCCAGAAAUGAGGUGGUUUUCCGUGGGGGGGCUGCAAAUAUAGAUUCUGUUCUCGAGCUUGUUAAGCGCCGCUCAUGGCAAUGGAAUAAGGCGAAUAUGAAGGGUUUCAGUUAUUCUUCCUCUGACUGGUUUUCAAAUCCUCUUCUAUGCAUUCUUGGCACCUAG